AUGUCUUUACCUGCUUCCUUUGACUUGACUCCAGAAGACGCUAAGUUGCUCUUAGCCGCUAACGUCCACUUGGGUGCCAAGAACGUUCAAGUUCACCAAGAACCAUACGUCUACAAGACCAGACCAGACGGUGUUAACAUUAUUAACAUCGGUAAGACCUGGGAGAAGAUUGUUUUGGCCGCCAGAAUCAUUGCUGCCAUUCCAAACGCCGCUGAUGUUGUUGCCGUUUCUUCUAGAACCUUCGGUCAGAGAGCUGUCUUGAAGUUUGCUUCCAACACUGGUGCCACCGCCAUUGCUGGUAGAUUCACUCCAGGUUCUUUCACCAACUACAUCACCCGUUCUUUCAAGGAGCCAAGAUUGAUCAUUGUUUCUGACCCAAGAACCGAUGUCCAGGCCAUCAAGGAGUCCUCUUACGUCAACAUCCCAGUCAUUGCUUUGACCGAUGUCGACUCUCCAACUGAGUACGUUGAUGUUGCUAUCCCAUGUAACAACAAGGGUAAGCACUCUAUCGGUCUUAUCUGGUACUUGAUCACCCGUGAAGUCUUGAGACUUAGAGGUUCUUUGGACAGAUCCGCUGAAUGGUCUGUUAUGCCAGAUUUGUUCUUCUACAGAGACCCAGAAGAGACUGAGGCCGUCGAAGAAGCCAAGGAGGAAUCCGAGGAAACUGACGCCGCUGCUGCCACCGAAGCCGAAGCUGACUGGACCGCUCAACCAACUGAAGCCGACUGGGCCGCUCAGUCUUCUGGUGACUGGGCUGAACCAGUUGCUGACGAAGCCGCUGCCUGGUAAACUGCUAGCUAAACUCUUUGACAAUGCUUUUGUUCUACAUCUCAAGAAGGUUCUU